UUGCUCAGAAUAUUGGAAUCUAUUAGCCAACAACAUAAGGCUGCAGUUGUUAACGCAGAUAGAAGCCGAAAUGAACAAAAUGUGGAAAAAAUUUUUACAACAAUCCAGCAACUGCUUUUUUCUCUUGGAACAGCGCUUAGCACCGUGGAAACGGUUUGUGUUUCUGGCCAAAUGCAUGGAAUUGUUCUGUGGAAUGGAGCGGCACUUUUACAAGGUAAAUUUUAUUGUUCGCCUUUGAUAACCUGGAUGGAUACAAGAGCUUCAACUGAAUUCAUCGAUAGUUUACCAAAGUUAGAUUUUUUUUUGUGUAUUUUGACUUCUCCGGUUUUUAUUUGUGAUGAUUUUGAAUUUUUCGGGAGUAAAGAAUACGACUUACAUCCUGGUUAUGGAACUGUUUCUUUGGCAUGGUUACAUAAGUUUGGACAAAUCGAUAAACAAUGGGAUUGCUGCGGAACAGUUAUGGAUAUGUUUAAUUGUUAUUUGGGAAACCUUCGGAAACCACUAAUGGGUAUUCAGAACGCUUUUAGUUGGGGCUACUGUACGUUGGAUGGUCAGUGGACAGCUCCUGUAAACUUUGAAUCUGUAUUGCCAUUAUAUUUGUUACCUGAAGUCGUUGAUAGCAGUAAAGUGAUAGGCGAAGUGCAAAAUGCCAAUUUUGCAAUUCCCCUGGGAGUAAAACUGUUUGCUUCACUAGGUGAUCUUCAGAGUACUGUAUAUCUGCUUCUCCACAAGGAUACUCAUAUCAAAUCUGCAUUUUUAAGCCUGGGAACUUCGGCUCAAUUGGGAUGUAUUGAACGAAAAGCUACAUCACACCCGUUACUAACUGUACCAUUUUUUGAUGGAGAUUGUUUAGUUGUUGCUGCUUCAAUGAAUGGAGGAAAUGUGCUAGAAUUUCUUGCAAAUAAAAUUUUGGACUGGGCAUCGACACUAACUUCUCGUACUGAUCUUCAAGUGGAUUUGAAUUGCUUUGAAAGAAUCUUGCAGCAACCGUAUAAGCCAUCGUCUCUAAGAGUCAGUCCAACAUUUUUCAGAGAAAGAAGUCAAGAUAUUCCGUCACUGAUAAGUGGUUUGUGCGAUGAGACCAAUUUAACAAGUCUGUUUCAAGAGUCAUGUAUCGGAGUUAUACGGAACUUAACCCGAAUGUUUCCACCUGACUUGCUGCGUGAAUUUGGGGUUUCUCGUUUAGUUCUGGCCGGUAAUGCUAGUCAACAGUGUUAUAUGACAGCUAUUAAAGAAAGUUUUGAUGGUUUCGAUAUUGUCACGGGAUGCGAUGAUGUGUUGUUUUCGGCUUCUUAUGGUGCUGCACUUUUUGCAGCAAAACAGUGGAAGAAAUUACGAGAUUUUAAAUAA